UGAAGAGGCUAAAAUAUCUCAAAUAAUAUCUCCACUUUCUCUCUCUUUAUCUGAUAUUGAUUAUAAUUGAAUCCUCAUCUUUAUCAUCAAAGACUUCAAAUUUGUUUAAAUUUUGGAUUGACAUGUGAAUUUGUAGUUGUUGAUGAACAAGAUGAUCCAAUAUGAUGCAGCCGAUGAAGAUCUCAGAGUUAUGGAAUGGGAGGUCGGUCUUCCCACAGCAGAAGACCUAACUCCUUUGUCUCAAUUGUUAAUCCCGCCUGAGCUGGCGUCUGCCUUUAGCAUAACGCCAGAACCCUGCCGAACCAUGUUAGAUGUGAAUCGAGCGUCACGAGAUACCUUAUCUGGUCUACGCCAGCAGGCUCCGUCGUCGAAUAACUUCGAUCUCAUGCCGUUUGACGAAGUUACGGCGAGGAACAGCGUGGAUGUUGAAGAAGAUGAGGCGGAUCUCGCUGGCGAUGGUUCGGAGUCUAGGAAGCUGAGGAGGAUUGAUUCUGGAGUGGAGGAGGCGGAUUCUUCAAUACCGGCGGAGAAUGGAGGAGAUGAUCCGUGUGGGAAGGCUUUGAAGCGGCCGAGACUAGUUUGGACGCCGCAGCUUCAUAAAAGGUUUGUUGAUGUUGUGGCUCAUUUGGGGAUCAAGAAUGCUGUCCCUAAAACUAUUAUGCAGCUGAUGAACGUUGAAGGUCUGACUCGGGAGAAUGUGGCGAGUCAUCUUCAGAAGUAUCGAUUGUAUUUGAAGAGAAUGCAAGGGCUGUCGAAUGAGGGACCUUCAUCAUCUGAUCAUUUGUUUGCAUCUACCCCUGUGCCGCAGAGCCUGCACGAGUCCAGUGGGCAAUCAAAUGGGCAAAUGAUGUCAAUGCCAAUUCCGAUGAUGCCUUAUCCACCCCAAAUGAUGUCAAUGCCUAUGAUAAGUCAUGGUCAUGGUCAUGGUCAUGGUCAUAUGGGCAUGACUGUUGGUAAUUCAUCUGUUCCUGGUCCUUACCAGGGAGGGUUUGGAUCGUAUCAGUAUGGUAUGAUGGCUCAUAAAGAUUGGUCAAUUGGGAAGUUUGGUUCGAAAUGAAAUCACAUCUCUUAAGCCAGUCCUCAAUGAAGAGGUGAUAUACAUUGAAUGCCAUGAGAAACUCAGCUACAAGUGAAGUGAGCUUCAAAUUGUGCAGAGACAAUGAAGAAGAGUUGUAGAGAUAUCAACCAAUCUUUCGGAUAUAUAGAUAUUUUGUCCAUGUACAAGUAUCUAAUACACAUCCUUCAUUAUCUAUAUAGGUUAUGCCUAUUUUUCUUGAUUGCUAUGAUGAGUUUGGGAUCUAACUUUUAUAAUAAGCCAUGUUCUUGUCUGUUUCUUGCUGAUU